AUGGCUACCAGAAUGUUCUUUUCCGAUUUGAAGUCCGGCGGCAAAUGUUCGUCCGUCGUCGAGGCUAGGCUCCUGCGAUACUGGGAGGCUCGGAAUGUGAAACGCGGCGGUGAGCUGAUGUGGGUCGACAUGCUGAUGAUCGAUGUCAAUGCGACCAUAAUGCAAGCCACCAUCUAUGCCAACCGGCUUCCAAGAUUCCGGUCUAAGCUUGCCGCUGGGAAGAUGUAUUCCAUCUCCGGUUUCGAUGUGGCCAGAUGUGCUCAGAGAUACAGGCUUUCCGACUCCCCUUUGCUGAUUCGGUUUAAUGAGUUAACCGAUUUUGAAGAGCUGACCGAGCCGGUUUCUCCCCUGCCUGAAGAAGGAUUCCGGUUCCGCAAUCAAUCUGAGCUCGCCGGAUUAGCUAACACGAACGCACAGCUCCCAGGUGAGAUCACUUCAGUUAAGAGCACUGUGAGCGAUACUCUUGGAGACAAGAACCGUAUCAUGGCAACUAUCAAGCUGGAUAAUGAAACAACGGUCACUCUAAGCCUAUUCGAUGCUCAGGCUGUGUCUUUCCACAAAUAA